CAAUAAAUCAGUAAAAACCGUUCCCUUCGAUCCAUCGUAUGUGGCUCGUAUAGUCUGACACAAAUCUCCUCCGAUUACACCGCCAGCGCCACCACCGCGGCCAACUCGCUCGGCGGCGUGACUCGGAAUGUUCUCCCUCCUCUUCUCUCCUCCGAGGCCGCUGCCGUCGCCCGGCGCGGUCACGUGCUGCCUCCGGCCCGGCGGAGCUCGCUUUCUCGGUCACUCUCCGCUCGGCACGAGCAAAAUCACACUCAAGCAUAGUGAUUGCAAUGGAAGUGCUUGCACAAUGAGGUUUCUUAAUGCUGUCUACUAUGGACAAUCGUUGGAUCUAGUUCUAAUCAACCAUAGGGGGAAGCCUUCAGUAGCAGUUGGGAGAAGCAGUAGUAAUGAUAGACAAGAGGAUAACGAUGAAGAUGUUGAGGGCAUUUCUGAUGAUUCCCUUCGUGCUACAAUAAGACAAAGCAAGAAGGUCUUGGAAAUGCAGAGGAACCUGCUACAACAGAUUGUUAAAAGGAGAAAACUAGUAUCAUCAAUUAAAGAUAGUGUUGUCACAAAAGAAGAGCGACCUGAUUCUUACAAUCAGGCUAGUAGUUCUUUCUCAGACCCAGAUAUGGGUGAAAAUGAAGAGAUUGAUGAACCAAAUGACUCUGGGACUUCAUCUGAGACUCAUGUCCAACCGCGUCAAGGUAAAGGUGAAGAGCUUGGCAGAACAGACAACUCUUGGACUUCGUAUGGGAGUUACAGUAAGCUGUCGGAAGCUGGUGUUGUUGGUGAUACGGAGGCAACCAUUAGUAGCAAUGAUGGUGAACAGUCAGUGGCAGAUGCCCUUGGACUAUUAAGGGAAGCUAAUUUGUUGCAGUCUCAGCGUCCUGCAGUUUUUGGACAAUCUCAGCCUUCCUCACCUAUCUCCAAAUCUCAGCCUCUCACAAUUCUCCCCCACUCUCAGUCUGGCCCAGCAUUCUCUGAAGAGACAGAAUCUUACUUCAACAAAUAUGAGAACCUUGGAGUCUCUGCAGAAACAUAUGCACAAAUAUCAAACAAUCAACAAGAAGUUCCACCAAAACAAGAAAGCGUCGACUCUCCUCCUUUGGCUGGUCCAAAUGUCAUGAAUGUCAUAGUGGUAGCUGUAGAAUGUGCGCCAUGGUCUAAAACAGGUGGACUUGGAGAUGUUGCUGGAGCUUUACCCAAAGCAUUGGCUAAGAGAGGACAUCGUGUAAUGGUAAUUGCUCCAAGAUAUGGAAACUAUUCCGAAGCUAAGGUAAUAGGGGAUCUGAAAAGGUACAAGGUUGACGGACAGGACAUGGAGGUUACAUAUUAUCACGCUUACAUUGAUUCUGUUGAUUUUGUCUUCAUUGACAGUCCUAUUUUCCGCCAUAUUGAAAAUGAUAUCUAUGGUGGAAAGCGAGAGGACAUUUUGAAGAGAAUGAUUCUGUUCUGCAAGGCUGCAGUUGAGGUUCCUGGGCGUGUCCCAUGUGGUGGAUUUUGCUACGGAGAUGGGAAUUUGGUUUUCAUUGCUAAUGAUUGGCACACCUCAUUGCUUCCAGUUUAUUUGAAGGCAUAUUACCGUGAUAAUGGAUUUAUGAUAUACGCCCGAUGUGUCUUGGUAAUACACAACAUUGCACAUCAGGGUCGUGGUCCACUAGAUGACUUCUCUUUUGUGGACUUGCCGCAUCACUACCUAGACCUUUUUAGACUGUAUGAUCCUGUGGGAGGUGAGCAUUUUAACAUUUUUGCAGCUGGGUUAAAAACUGCAGACCGUGUAGUUACAGUUAGCCACGGUUAUGCUCGGGAGUUAAAGACACCUGAAGGUGGUUGGGGAUUGCAUGGGAUCAUCAACAAGAGCGAUUGGAAGUUCCAGGGUAUUAUAAAUGGAAUUGAUACCCAUAGUUGGAAUCCAAAGUUUGAUGUCCACCUAAAUUUUGAUGGUUACACCAACUACUCCCUGGAAACUCUUCAAACAGGAAAGGCCCAAUGCAAAGUUGCUCUGCAACAAGAGCUUGGUCUGCCAGUAUGCAGUGACAUUCCUAUUAUUGCCUUCAUUGGGAGAUUAGACCAUCAAAAAGGUGUAGAUCUCAUAGCUGAGGCCAUGCACUGGCUUGUUGGUCAAAACCUGCAGUUAAUCAUGCUGGGCACUGGGAGGUCAGACCUUGAGGAUAUGCUUCGAAGAUUUGAAAGUGAGCAUCAAGAUAAGGUUAGGGGAUGGGUUGGGUUUUCAGUGAAGAUGGCUCAUCGAAUCACUGCAGGUGCUGAUAUCCUAUUGAUGCCCUCAAGAUUUGAACCUUGUGGAUUGAACCAGCUUUAUGCAAUGAUGUAUGGAACCAUUCCCGUUGUGCAUGCGGUUGGCGGGCUUCGAGAUACUGUACAACAGUUUGACCCAUUCAACGAGACAGGGUUGGGAUGGACCUUCGACAGAGCAGAGGCAAAUAGGAUGAUAGAGGCACUUGGUCAUUGUCUAAACACAUAUUGGAACUACAAGGAGAGUUGGGUGGGAUUACAGAAGCGAGGGAUGAUGCAGGACCUUAGUUGGGACAGUGCCGCUGAGCGCUACGAAGAAGUCCUUGUUGCUGCGAAGUAUCAAUGGUGAUUCUAUCAUUCUCAGAGCUUCUGAUGCAUAUAUUUUUUUCCCUUCGUCUUCUCAACUUUCAGCUAUCCUGCUUAUUUGACGAUAAGAGGUCACAAAAGCAAUGAAGCUAAUGCACUUGGCUCUGCAGUUUCUUCAUUCUACAAAAGCAAUGAAGUUAAAUUCACCCGCCUCUCCAAUUCGAUCAUUCGUAUCUUUAUGAUUUUCCCCCGCCCCUAGUCAUCUUGAUAUAAUGCAAAAAGAAGAUAGAUGAGUCUUGUUCCUUGGGAAAGUGCCAGAGGAAGACAUCCUUUGGAUAUCUGUUUGAAUUUUCAAUUCCCCUGCAAUGGAAAUUGAUGAUAAAUUUGAAGAGAAAAAAAAUGUAUCGUAUCUAGUUAAAUGCUAUACUUGCUCCCAAGCAAUGAAUUUUUUGCUUCCCAA